CCUUGUUGAACAUGCGUUUGUUUUUCAGUAUUAUAAUAAAAUUCAAGUCAUAAUACUAAAGCAAACGGGAUGUAUUCAAGUUAAGUGAAACAUGUACACGACAAUGAACAGAACACAAAUAAAUUCGCUACUACAGCACGAGUUGUUGUGCUGCCGAGUUUGUUUAAUGUUGGAUUGUAGACUGUACAAUAUUCACGAAUAUAAACUCGCUGAUACCUUUACUCGCAUCUCUGGGACUCCUGUGUCCAGGGACGGGCUGCCGCAGUACCUGUGCGCGUACUGCCUCAUGCUGCUCCUCAAAUGCUCGUCCUUCAGUGACAUGUGUGUCCGCACACUGAAGCAACUUACACCCACACUGCGCAAGGGAGCGCUGGAUACAGAUUAUAUUCGCAAAUACCAACUCCCUCACCGGUCGCUCAACUUAACCCAAACUGAAAUCAAAACAAUAGAUUUACUUCCGGAGGAUUUACACAAUGAACAUGAUGAACACAUUCUGUCAAUAGAUGGCAUUAAUGAAGCUUAUCCUGAAAUGAAACCUGAAAUACUAGAAGAUAUAAAUGAAAUCGGUGACGAUUUUGAGUAUGAAAUUGUUUUAAAAGAUGGUAUAUUCAACAAAAGAAAAAUUGAUAAUAUAAAGGCUAUAAAAAAUACCUUUAAGACUAAAAAAACCCGCAAAAGAGACACAGUAAAGCAAAAUAUGGCCUUAAAAAUCGAACGUGUCUUUAAUGAAAGUAUGGAUAUUGAUAAAAAUCUGAUGAAAACAGAGGCAACUGAAACUCCAGUAAAGAAAAAUAUGGUCCUAAAAAUCGAACCGUUCUGUAAUAAAAGUAUGGAUUUUGAUAAUCAUCUAAUGAAAAUAGAAAAAGAGAAUACAGUAAUGACUGCAUUUCCAGUGAAGGAAAAUAUGGUCUUAAAAGUUGGGAGUGUAUAUAAUCAAAGUAUGGAUUUUGAUAAUAAUCUAAUGAAAAUGAAAAAAGAAAAUGCAGAAACACCGAAAAUGAUGAUGAUUGAAGUAAAAGACGAUAAAAUUGAAUUAAAAGUUGGUGAAAAAUCCGGUAAUAAUGAUAAUAUUUACUAUGAAGUGCAUGAAAAAAUAGAAGACGUAAAAAUGAAAAGAAAAAAAGUCCCAAACGUAACACGGACAGAAUGUAAAAAGAAUGUAAUGAAAAGCGGGAACAAUAAGCGAAAGCGACCUAGAUUUAUUCCUGCCACAUUUGAGAGUACCUACGAUCUUGAAAUUGUCACUUUGAGCAAGGAAGAGCAACUGGAAGAGAUCGCAACACGCAAAAAGUCCGAGAGUUACCUGAUGUCGCAUUUUAAGUGCGAGGACUGCGGGAAAGGGUUUGGCGUGGAGUCUGCCUACAAUAAUCACCGCGCCAGGCACAGCCCGAGCAACGGUCCGUACUCCUGUGAGAUCUGCACUUCGUACUACACGCGCCACUCCCUCUAUAUACACCAGAAGCGGCACCAACUGAAGUACAUUUGCAAUGCGUGCAACUUCGUCUCCAGACACAAGGGACAAGCGAUCAAGCACCACGCUACGCACACGGGCAAGACCUACGAGUGCCCACAUUGCUUGAAGACCUUCAUAAGGAGCACGUCGUGUUUAAACCACUUGCGGCUAGCGCACCCCGAGCGGAACCUGGACUGCGUCGACUGCGGGGAGACGUUCGUUGGCGACCACGGCCUCAGGCAACACAGAAGGCGGAUACAUGACGUGAAAUUGCAAAAGUUCAUAUGCACUAUCUGCUCAGCCGAGUUCAAUAGUGUCUCGGCGCUGAACACACACACAGACACGGCCGGCGAGCACACAGACCUGCGGCCGUGCGAGCAGUGCGGCGAGAACUGUGCGAGCGAGGACGCGCUACAGGAACAUGUUGAGGAGAUGCAUCCCACCGAGUCACAUCAUUGUGAAGUGUGCAACGUGGCAUUUUCAAAUGCGGCGGCGUUAAUCACGCACAGCCGCCGCAAGCACCUCGGGCGGCCGUACGCCCUAGCGCCGCGUCUGCGCGAAUACAAGAAAAGCUUGAACAAGCCUAAGCCGUGUAUGUGCGAGCAGUGCGGCGCUAUUGUGAGCCCAACAAACUUCGCGUACCACAUGAGCUCACACCUCGCCGUGAAGCCUUACGCUUGUCCACAUUGCCCGAAGACAUUCGGCUGGCCGCAUAAUCUAACAAAUCACGUGCGCACGCACAGCAGUGAUAAGCCGCACCAGUGCCCCGAGUGCCCGCGAGCCUUCAACUCGAAGUCGAACUUGAAGCGACAUCACAACACUGCACAUUUAGGUAUACGCGGCUCAUUUCCGUGUCCGAUGUGCGGGCGCACGUCCACCACCAAGCACUCUUUGGAAGUGCACUUGCGCGGGGUGCACGGCGACGCUGGCUGGCCCAAGCGGGAUCGCAGCAAACGCAAGAAAAAGACGCAGCUAGAUGAUUAAAUGAAAAAUGAAAAAACUUCGUUUAAAAAAAUAGUUUUUUCCCCUCACUAGCUCGGAAAGCCGUCUUUUAUAAAACAAGCGGGGAAAAACGCAUUUUAUCCACUAGUGGGGAAAGUAAUUUGACCUUGGAUGGAGCGUGUUUAAGUAGCUUGACAGAUAACAAAACGUUAAACGCUCAUGAUAAUGGUUCGUUCGAUAUUAGAUAUCAUUAAAUAAAUGGUUUGAGAAUCUAAUAAAAAAUACCAAAUUUAGCUUUAUUUAAUAAUUUUAUGUCAUAAACCUAAAAAUUCCAUAAGAAACGUUAGAUUUUUUAUAAUGAUGUUAAAUAUAAUUCUGAACGCACAAGUUGAGUCGAUGCAAUUUCAAAACGCAUCGUUAACAUUUCAUACGUCAGAACAGAAAUGUCAACAUUGUCAACAAAAUGUUUACUGUUCUUCUCACCGGCUCACGUAAAAAUCAGAAUUUCUAGUGUUUUCUGUUAUAAUAUCGUAAAAAAAUUAGUGAUUCCAGUGAUGAAGAUGAUCUAACGCCUGUGGACGUUGCACUU